GGAAGGACCUGGGGCAGGAAGAUCGGCUGGAAAGCCGUCUCCGACAGCAUGAGAGACUACGUGCAGGUCCCUGCGGCCGACCUCGAAAAGCCUUACGAGCUGACUCCGACCAGGGAGUCCACCGCAUUGCUGUGCCUGAGAGUGUGUUGCUGCUGUUCUGCUUUGCGUCCUCGCUACAAACGCCUGGUGGACAACAUAUUCCCUGAAGACCCGAAAGAUGGCCUUGUUAAAGCUGAUAUGGAAAAAUUGACAUUUUAUGCAGUAUCUGCUCCAGAGAAACUGGAUCGAAUUGGUUCUUACCUGGCAGAAAGGUUGAGCAGGGAUGUUGUCAGACAUCGUUCUGGGUAUGUCUUAAUUGCUAUGGAGGCAUUGGACCAGCUUCUCAUGGCUUGCCAUUCUCAAAGCAUCAAGCCAUUUGUAGAAAGCUUCCUUCAUAUGGUAGCAAAGCUGCUGGAAUCAGGGGAACCAAAGCUUCAAGUUCUUGGAACAAACUCUUUUGUCAAAUUUGCAAAUAUUGAAGAAGACACGCCAUCCUAUCACAGACGUUAUGACUUCUUUGUAUCUCGCUUCAGUGCCAUGUGUCAUUCCUGCCAUAGUGAUCCAGAUGUACGAACGGAAAUUCGAAUUGCUGGAAUCAGGGGUAUUCAAGGCGUGGUUCGCAAAACAGUUAAUGAUGAACUUCGGGCAACCAUUUGGGAACCCCAGCAUAUGGAUAAAAUUGUUCCAUCCUUGCUGUUUAACAUGCAGAAGAUAGAAGAGGUCGACAGUCGCAUAGGCCCUCCUUCUUCUCCCUCCGCAGCUGACAAAGAGGAGAAUCCCGCUGUGCUGGCCGAAAACUGUCUCAGGGAGCUGCUGGGUCGAGCGACUUUUGGGAAUAUGAAUAAUGCUGUUAGACCAGUUUUUGCGCAUUUAGAUCAUCACAAACUGUGGGAUCCCAAUGAAUUUGCAGUUCACUGCUUUAAAAUUAUAAUGUAUUCCAUUCAGGCUCAGUAUUCUCACCAUGUGAUCCAGGAGAUUCUGGGGCACCUUGAUGCACGUAAAAAAGAUUCUCCACGGGUUCGAGCGGGUAUUAUUCAGGUUCUGUUAGAGGCUGUCGCCAUUGCUGCCAAAGGUUCCAUAGGACCCACGGUGCUGGAGGUCUUCAACACGCUGCUGAAGCACCUGCGUCUGAGUGUGGAAUUCGAAGCGAACGAUGUCCACGGGGGAUCGAUGGGCAGCGUCAGCUUAAACUCGGCCUCCAAAGACAACGACGAGAAGAUCGUGCAGAACGCCAUCAUCCAAACGAUAGGGUUCUUUGGAAGUAACCUACCAGAUUAUCAGAGGUCAGAAAUCAUGAUGUUCAUUAUGGGGAAGGUACCAGUUUUUGGAACAUCCACUCAUACUUUGGACGUCAGUCAACUAGGGGACUUGGGAACCAGGCGGAUUCAGAUAAUGUUGCUGCGAUCCUUGCUUAUGGUCACCUCUGGGUACAAAGCGAAGACGAUUGUUACUGCGCUCCCUGGGUCUUUUCUGGAUCCUCUGCUGUCACCAUCCCUCAUGGAGGACUAUGAAUUGAGACAGUUAGUCUUGGAAGUGAUGCAUAAUCUCAUGGAUCGCCAUGACAACAGGGCAAAGCUUCGAGGGAUCAGAAUAAUACCUGAUGUAGCUGACCUAAAGAUCAAAAGAGAAAAAAUCUGUAGACAAGACACAAGUUUCAUGAAAAAGAAUGGGCAGCAACUAUAUCGGCACAUAUAUUUGGGCUGUAAAGAGGAAGACAACGUUCAGAAAAACUAUGAGUUACUCUAUACUUCUCUUGCUCUUAUGACAAUUGAAUUGGCCAAUGAAGAGGUGGUUAUUGAUCUCAUCCGCUUAGCCAUUGCUUUACAGGACAGCGCCAUCCUCAACGAGGACAACCUGCCCAUGUUCCACCGCUGCGGCAUCAUGGCGCUGGUGGCCGCCUACCUCAACUUCGUCAGCCAGAUGAUCGCCGUCCCUGCGUUUUGCCAGCAUGUUACCAAGGUUAUUGAAAUGCGGACGAUGGAAGCCCCUUAUUUUCUGCCAGAGCACGUUUUCAGAGAUAAGUGCACGCUUCCAAAAUCUUUGGAGAAACAUGACAAAAGUUUGUACUUUUUGACCAACAAGAUUGCAGAGUCACUAGGUGGAAGUGGCUAUAGUGUUGAGAGAUUGUCAGUGCCAUAUGUACCACAAGCCACAGCUCUCUUUCCUUCAGGCAAAAACCCUCCUAAGCCCAGGCACAAGUCCGAAGAUGAAGAUCGACUUUCUAGAAGAAAAAGUAUCGUGGAUACCGUGUCCAUUCAGGUGGACAUUCUACCCGGCAGCCUCCCUUCGGACGACGUGGUUAGUAACACUGAAGAAAUUACCUUUGAAGCAUUAAAGAAAGCAAUUGAUACCAAUGGGAUGGAAGAGCAGGAAAAGGAGAAGAGGCGUCUGGUGAUAGAGAAAUUCCAGAAAGCACCUUUUGAAGAAAUAGCAGCACAGUGUGAAUCCAAAGCGAAUUUGCUUCAUGAUAGACUUACUCAAAUACUGGAACUCACCAUACGUCCUCCGCCCAGCCCGUCGGGAACACUGACCAUUACUUCUGGGCAUGCCCAGUACCAGUCUGUCCCUGUCUAUGAGAUGAAGUUUCCUGACCUCUGUGUGUACUGAGUGGCUCAGGAAGACCUCAGCAUAGAAUGUCACAGCCUGGGAAUGCAGGCCAGGCUCUUCACUUUACGUCUAUAACACUCUUCUUGAAAACAGCGUUGGAACGUACAUUUGACCAAAUGCUUCUUAUACCAUACUAGAAAUUUUGAAACUAUAUGUGAUUUCAAGUACUUUUGAAGAUAGAUUUAUGCCAUAUUAAUUUCUUUUGAGGUUCCUGUUGGCUUUAAAGUGGAGCAUGUAUUGGUCUUAACAUUAUUUCAUUGUUAAACAGUAUAUUUUAAGCUUUUCUCAAACAUGUUUUUUUUUUUUGAAAAUUAGGCCUUCAAGGGUUGAAAGAUGUAUGAAGUGUCUCUUGUAUUUCUUAAACAUCUACACAACUGUUUAAGUAGGAUUUUUGCUUUAGUUUUGGUUAUCUGCAAAAGCAAAAACAUUCGAGUAUACGCUAGUCCUGGGCUGCUGACUGCCCUGUGGCUUUUGUCCCUGUGUUUCCGAUGUUGCGACAGGCGUCUCUUCAUUCAGUUACCGUGAUACGUGCGAUAGGCGUUCCUCCGCUUGUUUAUGGUAGUGAUGUUUGCUGAAUAAUAUGCCUAGAAUAUGACCCUAAAAUCAGUCGCAUACUUUAAAGUGUCUGGUUCUUGUAAUACUGUAUUUUCUGCCGAGAGUUUGAUCAUUCUACGUGAGAGGCUUAGAGCUUGCUCUCCAGAUACCGAACUGUGCAAUAUUUUUUACAUCAUAAGAUGUAUUAGUUUACAGACUGUGCUUUGAAAUUAUAUUAGUAUUUUGCUGUGGCUCAAUUAAUUAAAUGAGAUAUAUAUAUAUAUAUAUAUUUAGUAUAAAAAAGACAUUUAAAACAGUUACUAGUUCAUCUGUGAAGAGCACACAUUUUGAUUUUUAUUAAGAGCACAUUAAUUUACACUUUUAUAUUGUUCAUUGUUUUUAAUCAUCAUAGUCAGAAAAUUACCAAAACAGACUUUAAUUUGUAGGAUUUGAACUGUAGCUUGUAUGCAUUUGUGUUUAAGGUUCGUUAUAUUACAUAUGUGUUUAGGGUUUGUUAUAUUACAGUUAAAGGGUGCCUAUGGUUUUAGCAAUCAAGUGUGCUAAGGAUUGUCAGUGUAAGCUUCUGUCGGUUUAAGCCACCAAGGUGAUGUGUACUCACAGUCUACUCACGUGCUGAACGACCCAUGGUAUCGUCUUAAAGCCACAUACAUUUCAGUGAGUCCACUACACGGCAAAAUGAACAAUUGUCUUUGCAACAUUCUCCUAGGACAUUUAUAUAACAUAACUUGUUUAUAGUUCUACCUUUUUUUAUUUUAUUUCUUUUUACAUAAAAAAUAUACAUAUUAAAAAUUGUGACUGAAAAACCAGUUUUGGUUUUGGCUUUUGUUUGUAAAAUUGCAGUGAAGAGCGGCAUGCUACACCUUUGGUUUAUGAUUAUCUGGGCAUGUAGUAGAAACAGGAAAAGUAAAGAAGCAUGCUCAAAUUUUUUUCAACAUCUGAACCAAAGUACAGCAUCUUAAAGCACUUUGCAAGAGAUAGUAGUCACUGAACCUCUAAAAUGACACUCGACGUCCUGGCCGCUGUGGUACAUGUCCGUGAAGAAGCCCUGGUUUUCUGCAUAACAGUGCGGUCACCCAGGGUGUCGUGAUCCUAUAGCAGCUGUCACUGUAUUUGCCUCUUGAUCAGCUAAAAUGCGUCACCAUUUAAGAAGCCAAAUUUGUGUCUUUUUAAUUUUCUUUUUUUCUUCUGUAUUUUUAAAGAAGGAUCUUAAUUGUUGACAAAGUACUCGUUUGCACUCCUGCUCCAAGGAUCCCAGGUCUCGGCGUGGUCGGUGCAUGUGGCAUGGACAGGACAGCCACUUCCGGUCAUGCUUUCGCCUUCCUCCUGGUCUGUGUGUAAACUGUUGAGCUGGGUUCUGUAGGGGUUUUGUUUUGUUUUGUUUUGUUUUGUUUUGAAAUCCCAGCAGACUUCUGUGUGCCCUCGGUUAGUGAGCUGGUCUUGUUGCCGAGGGUUCCCUGGCAGCGGGUCUGCCCUGUGGCCUGUGCCUCAGGAGCCCCUGCAGGGGGUGCACGCUGUGUUGUCGCUGGGCCUGCAGCGGCAAGUGUGGGGUUGGUUGAAGGGCACUGUAUGGCUCUAUUUUUGUAGAUACUGAAAAUUCUUAUAAACUGUUACCACUUUCUUUUUUGCUGUAGACAGUUGCUAAUAUCAUAUUUUCUUGACAUUGAAUAGUUAACAUUUAAAUGUUCCUCCUAUGCUUGUGUUGUCUUUGCUCAGAGUUCGUUGUCAUUGAAGUUAGUCAGACACGUGCGCGCACACACAGGCACAUAUACAUGCGCACACGCACGCACCCUUAAUAAUUCUGAACCCAUUCUCUUUUACAGUAAUGCCACACUUUACCAGCCGUUAACUUCCCUCCUCAGAAUAGCCCUUCUCUUCCUUUCUGAAAAUAGAACUCGUUCGUCUUAUUCAUGGCAAUAUAUGUUGUCAAUGUAACGAAGUGAGCUUUUUGAAAUGUAAAAAUCCACUCUGCAAUUCAUAUGUGAGCAAUAAAACAAAAUCAAAAUA